AUGGCGAACUUCAAAGUCACUGCUGUUGCUAUUGAAGAUGACCUUUUUGAAAUACCUGCAUCUUAUCGAACAAUCGACGAUUUGAAUGCAAGUCUAUGGUGGCCAGAAGAUGAACAAGAUAUGUCUAAUCUGCAUGGCGGUGCUUCCCCAAUGUAUCAUCCUUCAAUGCAGCAACAAGAGGAAAUGUUGCUGCAGCUAGCUAUACAAGAAAGUUUUCGCACUGGUGAAAAUGCCGGUUCCGGAGCGAGUUUAGGUCCAUUGGUACCCGAUGCUUUACCUGCAUACGACGAAGAAGCCGAAGAGGAGAGGCAACUGGCUAUGGCUAUCCAGGAAAGUCUACGAACAUCUGGUCUACCUCCUGCAGCUGCUGAUGCAGCUCCGGAGGAGGCCGAGGAUAGCCUUGCUUUGGCCUUGCGGCUUUCACGUGAUGAAGAACAGAGACGACGAGAGGAAGCGCAGAAGGAAGAAGAAGAGCUUCAACGUAUUUUGCAACUUUCUCUAGUCGACAAAUAA